AUUGGAAAUGUACAUAAAACCUUAUGUAAUGGUUGGUUUGUAAGAACCACAUUUGUCGUCCCGAUUCUGUGUGCUGUGCAAAAAUUACAAUGUCCUUUAGCAGAGUAAUCGUACGAUCAUUUUCUAACAGCUCUGCUGUUCAACAAAUGGUUAAGCCUCCAAUUCAAGUAUUUGGAUUAGAAGGAAGAUAUGCCACAGCACUUUAUUCUGCAGCAUCAAAACAGAAGACAUUGAGUACUGUUGAAAAAGAUCUCAUCAAGUUCCAAGAUCUUAUGAAGACAGAUCAGAAGUUGCAUGAAUUCGUGAAGAAUCCGUCAAUAAGACGAAAAGACAAAGUGGAAGCACUAAAGGCAAUCUGUGGAAAAAUUAACGUGUCCAAGGAAACAGGAAACCUUCUAACUUUGCUAGCAGAGAAUGGCCGACUUCCACAACUAAACACUAUAAUUAAUACAUUCAAAAUAUUAAUGACUGCUAGCAGAGGUGAAGUAAUUUGCGAAGUAACCACUGCCAAACCACUCGAUGCUGAUAUAAAAUCGAAGUUGGAAGGGGCAUUAAAGGGAUUCGUAAAGAAAGGUCAAACUAUCUUGCUUACUACAAAAGUUGAUCCUACCAUUCUUGGUGGUAUGAUCGUAGUAGUUGGUGAUAAAUACGUAGACUUGAGCGUCGCCACGAAAGUAAAAAAAUAUACUGAAAUUAUUGCUGGUACAGUAUAAGUAACUUUUUAUAACGUUCAGUAAAAUGAGCAAGGAUGAAGUACUCAUAUAGCUGAUGACAUGUAUGUCAUUAAAUAAUAAAUUAUUCCAGUCCUGUUAUUCCUAUUAA